AUGGCGCAGACAAAUCCCAACGCGUGAGUGCGCACAGAGAAGAGGUGGACGGCGAAGGAAUCGUGCUGACGGGAAUCAGGAUAAACGUGAACGAUCCCGGCCUCAUCACUCUCGUCAACAAGCUGCAGGAUGUCUUCACGACAGUCGGUGUAUGUGUCCACAAGCCACCGCAAUUCUUCAGGAGACGAUACUGAUAUGCUGCUACGCAGGUCCAAAACCCCAUCGAUCUUCCUCAAAUUGUCGUCGUAGGAUCGCAGUCUAGUGGAAAGAGCUCGGUGUUGGAGAAUAUUGUCGGGAGAGACUUGUGAGCUUGCAUGGAAACAUUUGAGAUGUCGGGUCGGAUACUAAUCACACCAGUUUACCACGAGGAACUGGAAUCGUGACCCGAAGACCGCUCGUCCUCCAACUCAUUAACCGUGCCGCACCGGAGAAGAAGCAAGAGAACGGCGUAGCAAAUGGCGAGAAGGUGGAGGGUACAACAGACGAAGCUGCAAACGCUGAAGAGUGGGGAGAGUUUCUACAUAUUCCUGGACAAAAGUUCUUCGACUUCAACAAGAUUCGGGAUGAGAUUGUGAAGGAGACGGAGAGCAAGACCGGCCGGAAUGCGGGCAUUUCCCCAGCACCUAUCAACCUGCGCAUCUACUCGCCCAACGUCCUCACCCUGACUCUGGUCGACUUGCCAGGUCUGACCAAGGUACCUGUGGGUGAUCAGCCAAGGGAUAUCGAGAGACAAAUCAGGGAAAUGGUGCUCAAGCAGAUCUCGAAGCCGAAUGCGAUCAUACUUGCAGUCACUGCGGCGAAUACGGACUUGGCCAACUCUGACGGCUUGAAACUGGCGCGAGAGGUUGACCCUGAAGGACAGCGGACAAUCGGUGUGCUCACCAAGGUCGAUCUGAUGGACGAGGGUACUGAUGUGGUGGACAUUUUGGCUGGCCGCAUCAUUCCACUACGACUGGGCUAUGUCCCAGUUGUUAACCGAGGGCAGCGUGAUAUUGAAGCCAAGAAGGCCAUCUCAUAUGCUCUGGAGAGCGAGAAGAACUUCUUUGAGAACCACAAGGCCUACCGGAACAAGGCCUCGUACUGCGGAACACCGUAUUUGGCCCGAAAGCUUAACCUGAUCCUUAUGAUGCACAUCAAGCAGACUCUACCCGACAUCAAGGCCCGCAUCCAGGCUGCGCUUCAGAAGUACUCCGGAGAGCUGCAACAACUCGGCGAUAGUAUGCUUGGAAACCCUGCGAACAUAAUCUUAAACAUCAUCACGGAGUUCUCCAAUGAGUACCGGACGGUUUUGGAAGGUCACAACGCCGAGCUAUCGUCCAUUGAGCUUUCGGGUGGUGCUCGUAUCUCUUUUGUCUACCAUGAGCUUUACAGCAACGGUGUAAAGGCCGUGGACCCCUUUGAUCAGGUCAAGGACAUCGACAUCCGAACGAUUCUCUACAAUUCCUCCGGCUCAUCACCUGCACUAUUCGUUGGCACGACUGCUUUCGAGCUUAUCGUCAAGCAGCAGAUCAAGCGACUGGAAGAGCCUUCGCUCAAGUGUGUCAGCCUGAUCUACGACGAGCUGGUACGGAUACUGGGACAACUGGUUAACAAGCCGCUAUUCCGAAGAUAUCCUCAGCUCAAGGAGAAGCUUCACGGUGUGGUCAUUGGGUUUUUCAAGAAGGCCAUGGAUCCUACCAACAAACUCGUCAAGGAUAUGGUCGCCAUGGAGGCAUGCUACGUCAACACUGGACACCCCGAUUUCCUCAAUGGACACCGUGCGAUGGCAAUCGUGAACGAGAAGCACAAUGCGGCCAAGCCCGUGCAAGUGGACCCGAAGACUGGAAAGCCGCUUCCUCCCAGCGUGCAGCCUCCACGCUCCGCCAGCCCUAGUCUGGACCUGAAUGGAGGCGAUGGCUCGGGCUUUUUCGGAUCCUUCUUCGCCAGUAAGAACAAGAAGAAGAUGGCCGCUAUGGAGCCGCCACCAGCUACGUUGAAGGCCAGUGGUACUCUCAGCGAGAAGGAGACGCAGGAAGUCGAGGUCAUCAAGCUACUGAUCACCUCGUACUUCAACAUUGUCAGGAGGACGGUGAUCGACAUGGUGCCCAAGGCAAUCAUGUUGAAGCUUGUUGAGUAAGUUGCCAGGAAUGGAGAGACGUUGUGAGCAAACACUGACGUAUUGCGCAGGCACACCAAGGACGAAAUGCAGAGAGAAUUACUCGAACAAAUGUAUCGCACCCAAGAACUGGACGAUUUACUCAAGGAGAGCGACUAUACCAUCCGUCGACGGAAGGAAUGUCAGCAAAUGGUCGAGUCCCUGUCCCGAGCGAGCGAGAUUGUCAGCCAAGUGCAAUAG